AUGGCCACCGCUGCUCGUGCGGCGACCUUGAGGUCUCAGGUCCCGAUCUUCAGAGCCACGUCGCAAAGCUCUCGAACUGUCUCGUAUUCGGCCAUGCCGUCGCAAACUAUGAAGCUUUCUGGCACGAGCCGGGAUCUCCUUCACAAUACUCAACUCCCUGUCUCCAAACUCGUCUCCCCGUUCGCCGCCCUUCCUUUGACCCGAUCUUUCCACGUCGGAGGCCCUCUUUUCCAACAACAGCAACAGUCUAAGGACGAGAAGAAGAGCGAAGAGGCCAAUUCAGAGUCACAGAAGGAACAAGGAGAAGAGACAAAUGGAGAGAACAAGGAAAAGAAGGAAGACGCGCCCCCCGCCACCCCAUGGAGACAAGUCUCCCUGAGCGAAUUCAAGGCCUCCAAGGAAUGGAAUGAGUCUACUAAAGCUCUGGCUUCCUCUGCACACCAGUUCACCGAGAAUGAGAACAUCAAACGCGCUCGUGCGGCGUACGAGGCCGCUUCUGGAGCCGCUGGUACACACACCUCCGCCGCGCUUAAACACACCGGCAAGGCAAUUGGAAAGGGUGCUGCCUGGACAUGGAACACAUCUGUUGUCAAAGGUGUCCGCAAGGGUGUCUCUGUCACUGGUGCGGGUAUUGAGAAAGCGACGAGACCGGUUCGGGAGACCGAGGCAUACAAGAAUGUGAAGGAGACCAUCGAUGAUGGGAGCAGCUCCCGUUAUGGUGGAUGGGUUGAGAAGGAAGAGCGCCGCCGGCAGCGCCAGCUGCGUGAGGAGAUGGAGCUCAAGUCUGGCAAGCGCCGGUUGCAGCGAUUGGAAGAGGAUCCGAAUGCCGGAACCAACGUUACUCUUCACAAAGAUGCUGCCUGGAAGGAGUCGUGGCGCACCUUCCGCGAGUCAAACCCGAUGAUGCAGAAGCUCUUUUCCAUGAGGGAUGUCUAUGAGGAAUCCGAAAAUCCGCUCAUCAGCACUGCUCGCAGCAUCUCGGACAGAGUCGCUGGAUUCUUCGCAGAGAAUGAGACCGCCAUGGUCAUCAAGAAGUUCCGGGAGAUUGACCCCAACUUCCAGAUGGAAGAGUUCCUUCGUGAACUCCGCGAAUACAUGCUGCCCGAGGUCCUAGAUGCUUAUGUCAAGGGUGAUAUCGAGACUCUCAAGCUUUGGCUUUCUGAUGCUCAGUUUUCCGUCUAUGCCGCUCUCUCGAAGCAAUAUACCACUGCAGGUCUGAAGUCCGACGGCCGGAUUUUGGAUGUCCGUGGUGUCGAUAUUUCCAAUGCACGUAUCCUGGACCCUGGCGAGAUUCCAGUAUUUGUCGUCACCUGCCGUGCCCAGGAAGUCCAUGUCUACCGCAACGUCAAGACCAAUGAGCUUGCUGCCGGUAUGGAGGACAAAGUUCAGCUGGUUACUUACGCCAUCGGCUUGACCCGUAUCCCGGAAGAAGUCAACAACCCCGAGACUCGGGGCUGGAGAUUGAUCGAGUUGCAGAAGGCUGCUCGUGACUACAUCUAA